CAAGAUGGCGGCGCGGUCUAGCCGCUGAGAGGAGCGGCAGGUGGAAGACGGUUCGGAAGGAGCGCUAAGCCCCCUCGGCCUACGGGGAGUCCCUGGGCGGCGGGCGGCGAGUGUGUGUGGCGGCAAGGGGGGAUGCAGCCCGGAAGAGACCCCCCGCUGAGGCUCUGAGCUCGCCAAGCCCCCCGCAGCAGCGACUGCGGCGCCGCUUCUCCCCGCCGGGGCCCCCCAGCGCCCGGAGCCGCCGCUGGCGAUGACCGGAGAGAAGUUGCGCUCGCUGCGCAGGGACCACAAGCCCAGCAAGGAGGACGGGGACCUGCUGGCGCCCGGAGAAGAAGAGGCGGCAGCCGCGCCAGGCAGCGGCGGCGGGGGCGCCUUCACAGGGGGCCGGCCGGGGGCCGGCAAAAGCGGCCGCGCCGGGAGCCACCGCAUCUUCACCACCAACCACCACCGGCUGCCACUCAAGGGGGGAACCGGCGGGUCGGCCGCCGCCGAACUGGACAAGAGCCCGUCGGCGCAGUUCCCCGUGCACGAGUGCGUCUUCAAGGGGGACGUCAGGCGGCUGUCGGCUCUGAUCCGCACGCAGGGCAUCGGUCAGAAGGACAGCCACGGAAACACUCCUUUACAUCUUGCUGUGAUGCUGGGGCAUAAAGAAUGUGCCCACCUGCUUUUGGCCCACAAUGCUCCUGUGAAAGUGAAAAACGCUCAGGGAUGGAGUCCUCUCGCAGAAGCCAUCAGCUAUGGAGAUAGACAAAUGAUUACAGCACUACUAAGGAAACUGAAACAACAGUCUAGGGAAAGUGUUGAGGAAAAGCGACCUCGGUUAUUAAAAGCUCUGAAAGAGCUAGGUGACUUCUAUCUUGAACUUCACUGGGAUUUUCAAAGUUGGGUGCCUUUACUUUCCCGAAUCCUGCCUUCUGAUGCAUGUAAAAUAUACAAACAAGGUAUAAAUAUCAGGCUUGACACAACACUCAUAGAUUUUACUGACAUGAAGUGCCAACGAGGGGACUUGAGCUUCAUUUUCAAUGGUGACGCUGCACCCUCUGAAUCCUUUGUAGUUUUAGACAACGAACAAAAAGUUUACCAGCGAAUACACCACGAGGAAUCUGAGAUGGAAACAGAGGAGGAAGUUGACAUUUUGAUGAGCAGCGAUAUUUAUUCAGCAACAUUAUCAACCAAAUCAAUCACCUUCACACGUGCCCAAACAGGAUGGCUUUUUCGAGAAGAUAAAACAGAAAGGGUAGGAAACUUUUUGGCAGACUUCUACCUGGUUAAUGGACUUGUCUUAGAAUCAAGGAAAAGACGGGAACAUCUCAGUGAGGAAGAUAUUCUUCGAAACAAGGCUAUUAUGGAAAGCUUGAGUAAAGGUGGAAACUUGAUGGAACAAAAUUUUGAGCCUGUCAGGAGGCAGUCCCUUACUCCACCUCCACCAAACACAAUUACAUGGGAGGAGUACAUAUCUGCUGAAAAUGGAAAAGCACCUCAUUUGGGUAGGGAACUGGUCUGCAAAGAAAGCAAGAAAACAUUUAAAGCCACAAUAGCCAUGAGCCAAGAAUUUCCUCUAGGAAUUGAAUCGUUAUUGAAUGUUUUAGAAGUAAUUGCACCCUUCAAGCACUUUAACAAACUGCGGGAGUUUGUGCAGAUGAAACUACCACCAGGUUUUCCUGUAAAGUUAGAUAUACCUGUAUUUCCAACCAUCACAGCCACUGUGACUUUUCAGGAGUUUCGCUAUGAUGAGUUUGAUGAAUCAAUCUUCACAAUUCCUGAUGACUACAAGGAGGACCCUAGCCGCUUUCCUGAUCUCUAACUUAACUGGAAAGUUGGGAGUAAAUAAAAAGAAGAAAAUACCAGCAUGUCACAGGGAGACGGGGAGAGAGAGGAUGCAGAUAGCCCACAGACAUCUGUCUAAAAGUGGGUGAAGUACGAAGGGACAGAACUCGCUAAAAUGAAUCCAGAAAGGGAACACACCGUGAAUCUCAAUCAGUUGUACCAUAUAGCAAGCAUCCAUCUAGUGUCUAAACGAAAGCUGGUCUCCUGCUGUGUCACAUGCAUUUAUACAUCCAGACCUGCAAGCAUGAUAGCCUGGCACCUCAGUAAGUUCCCCCUGCCCCCCCCAAAAAAACUUACAUAACAGCUAUAAGGACUGUAAUUUGUUCUUCUUUUUUUUUUUUACGUUUUUCGGUAAUAAAAGCACUCUUGGACCAUUAGCAUAAAGAACUAAAAUGUCUUACCUGGCUAUUAGCCCUUUAAAAUACCCAUCUUACUUAAGCUGCUCUUAUAACCUUCCUUCAAGCAUUGUUUUCAUAUAUUGUAAAUUCUGUAAUAUUUGUCAGUAAAUUGAGCAUAUAGUAGAAGGAAUUGCUUUUCUGCAGACGAAUGAACCAAAUGGUAAGCAUUUAAACAGUUGCAUUCAUUUACUGCAAUACGUUUCAGAAUUAGAGCCUUCACUCUGCAGGGAAUAAGGUACCUCGUUUAGCACCUUAGUGCAAUUCAUUGUGGUGCUAUUCAUAUUCUCUCCCCCCCCCCAGCAACCUAUCAUUUCUCCAGUGAAAGUUGUUACUAAUAUAUAAAUCUGCAGAUAUCCCAUCUGCCUACCCCACCCAAGCUGGUCAGAAAUGUCCUUGCUGUGUUGGUUGAAGAGCAUGCUUGGAGAUUAUUAAACACCCCGCAGGUUGAAUCACUGACAUUCUUUUGGGUUCCUCAGAGUCAUAAAAGCUGCCCAUCAAACCUACUAAACUUGUAUUUGUUAUCCAGUAGUAUUUGGGAAUAUACUGAAUAUAUUACUACAAUAAUCUUGGUUUAUGCUUUCAUAAACCUAGAUGUGAAUAGGGAUUGCAAUAGAUUGGGCGGCGGCGGGGGGGGGGGGUUCAAAAAUGAAAGUACAAGAAUAAUUAAGGUAUUUCCAGCACGGGUAGCUACAGAAAGAAGAAUGUUCAUUUUUAUUCAGAAGGGUUUGUUUUGUUUUUUUAAAAAAAAUUAGAAUCUUCAUAUGGUUCCACUGUAUGAAACUUGAAGAUAAACUAGCCUUUUUGGUCUACUGGAAAGAAUGUGUCCAGAAUUGUCAGUACUAUGUUCAUUUGUAUUCCAAAGCUUAUUAGCUUCCAGUGAUGUGUAAAUGUACAGAAAUGUAAAUAUUUUCAAAGGUA